AAGGCUGUGCGUGCUCCUUGCUUCCUCCGCUUUUUUCCGAGUGGUCGCGUGAACGGCUUCCUGCAGUCUGGCCAUGGCGCUUCACGUUCCCAAGGCUCCGGGCUUUGCCCAGAUGCUCAAGGAGGGAGCGAAACACUUUUCAGGAUUAGAAGAGGCUGUGUAUAGAAAUAUACAAGCUUGCAAGGAGCUUGCCCAAACCACUCGUACAGCAUAUGGACCAAAUGGAAUGAACAAAAUGGUUAUCAACCACUUGGAGAAGUUGUUUGUGACAAAUGAUGCAGCGACUAUUUUAAGAGAACUAGAAGUACAGCAUCCUGCUGCAAAAAUGAUUGUAAUGGCUUCUCAUAUGCAAGAGCAAGAAGUUGGAGAUGGCACAAACUUUGUUCUGGUAUUUGCUGGAGCUCUCCUGGAAUUAGCUGAAGAACUUCUGAGGAUUGGCCUGUCAGUUUCAGAGGCAAGUGGCUCUGGUAUCAGUUCCUCUUCAGUAUUGCAUGGCAUGGUUUUUAAGAAGGAAACCGAAGGUGAUGUAACAUCUGUCAAAGAUGCAAAAAUAGCAGUGUACUCUUGUCCUUUUGAUGGCACGAUAACAGAAACUAAGGGAACAGUGUUGAUAAAGACUGCUGAAGAAUUGAUGAAUUUUAGUAAGGGAGAAGAAAAUCUCAUGGAUGCACAAGUCAAAGCUAUUGCUGAUACUGGUGCAAAUGUCGUAGUAACAGGUGGCAAAGUGGCAGACAUGGCUCUUCAUUAUGCAAACAAAUAUAAUAUCAUGUUAGUGAGGCUAAACUCAAAAUGGGAUCUCCGAAGACUGUGUAAAACAGUUGGUGCUACAGCUCUUCCUAGAUUGACACCUCCUGUCCUUGAAGAAAUGGGACAUUGUGACAGUGUUUGCCUCUCAGAAGUUGGAGAUACUCAGGUGGUGGUUUUUAAGCAUGAAAAGGAAGAUGGCGCCAUUUCUACCAUAGUACUUCGAGGCUCUACAGACAAUCUGAUGGAUGACAUAGAAAGGGCAGUAGACGAUGGUGUUAAUACUUUCAAAGUUCUUACAAGGGAUAAACGUCUUGUACCUGGAGGUGGAGCAACAGAAAUUGAAUUAGCCAAACAGAUCACAUCAUACGGAGAGACAUGUCCUGGACUUGAACAGUACGCUAUUAAGAAGUUUGCUGAGGCAUUUGAAGCUAUUCCCCGCGCACUGGCAGAAAACUCUGGAGUUAAGGCCAAUGAAGUAAUCUCUAAACUUUAUGCAGUACAUCAAGAAGGAAAUAAAAAUGUUGGAUUAGAUAUUGAGGCUGAAGUCCCUGCUGUAAAGGACAUGUUGGAAGCUGGUAUUCUAGAUACUUACCUGGGAAAAUAUUGGGCUAUCAAACUCGCUACUAAUGCUGCAGUCACUGUACUUAGAGUGGAUCAGAUCAUCAUGGCAAAACCAGCUGGUGGGCCCAAGCCUCCAAGUGGGAAGAAAGACUGGGAUGAUGACCAAAAUGAUUGAAAUUGGCUUAAUUUUUACUGUAGGUGAAGGCUGUAUUUGUAGUAGUACUCUAAGAAUCGCCUGAUGUUUUCUUAUUCUCCUUAAAUUAAGAGGUAUUUUGUGUUUGUAUUCUUCGCUGGAUGUUAUAAUAAACAUAUUGUUACUGUCAAA